AUGUAUGUGUUUCCUUUAGCUUCAACCACUGUUGUGAAGAAUAAAACCCAGUUUUCAAGCCUUUUGCUUUCUAACUUUAUGCUCUUCUGCUCUUACAUUGUUUAUAAUCCUCUCUACUUCUCUUAUUUCAUCUUCUUCUCUCCUUAUCUUUUCAAGGUUUUCUCUUUUCUUUCACCACUCUUUGCCACCACUUCCCUUUCGGUUCUUGCGUUUUUCACAGUAUUAAGGUCCGAAGUGUUCGACGAUGGAGGUGAUGGCUUACCAUGCUUGGAAGAGCUUGAAGCGUACAAGAUCAUGUUUGAAACGUCAACCAUCGGUUUGGAUAUGGAAGAAGCCACUGUUGAUUGCUUACAAGCUGUUGAAGAAGCUUUGGUUCACCACCCUGAAACAUUGACGAGUAGUUAUUUCGACGAAGAAUCGGCGGAGAUUUCACGUCCGGUAACUGUUCAGGUAAAUGCUGUAGUGAAGACCUUUGAAGAGUUUUUGCAAGAAAAAGAUGGGUUCGAAAAUUUAUCGUCUGAAAAGGGAGAAAAAGAUGAGGAAUCAAAGGCAACGGUGAGUUCCCAACGAGUGAAGGCUGCUGCCGAUGUCGAUAAUGACAUUAACAAGGAAACAACAGGAUUAACUUAUGGGAAUUUGGGAUCAAUGAGGAAAGAAAAGGAGUGGAAAAGGACAUUGGCAUGCAAGCUUUUCGAGGAGAGAUACAACGCGACGGCUGCAGUGGCGGAUGGUGUUGUUGAAGGGAUGGAUUUACUAUGGGAAACAUAUGAAAGCAGUGAUUCUACUAAGUCGAAGCUGAAGAAAGGAAAGAAGGGUGGCAAUGGCAUCGAAGACGAAGACGACGAGGACUACGACUACGAGGAAGAGUUGGAUGGUCACUUGUGCUGUUUACAGGCUCUCAAGUUGUCGACUGGGAAGAUGAAUUUUGGAAUGAGGCCCCACUUCGUUAAGAUCUCCAAAGCCCUCAAAGGGUUUGGGUGGUUGCACCAUGUUAAGCAUGCUAAGAAAGGCUACCACUGA